AUGGACGCCUUUGAGCUGAUGCGGGCGGCGCCCGAGUUUGCCAGCUUCUUCACCUCCGGUGUGCCCAUCUCCACUGAUGGUGAAGGUGAUGAGGAGGAGGAGGAUGAUCUUGAGCAGGAGCUGGAGCUAGGUCCCUUGAGGAAGAAGAAAAAGAAAUCGGGUAACAAUCCCGAGGCGAUGAUCGUCAUCGGCCUGGACACUAGUUACGUCCAGUCAUCAUCGAGCGAUGACUCAUUCACGNCUGAUGGUGAAGGUGAUGAGGAGGAGGAUGAUCUUGAGCAGGAGCUGGAGCUAGGUCCCCUGAGGAAGAAGAAAAAGAAAUCGGGUGACAAUCCCGAGGCGAUGAUCGUCAUCGGCCUGGACACUAGUUACGUCCAGUCAUCAUCGAGCGAUGACUCAUUCACCGCCUCCACGCCGACUACUCCUGUUCGUGCUAAAAAGACCAUCAGCUCUAGCAGUCUGAACAAAGUGAAAAACAACAAGGCCAAAAACGUCCUCGACGAGAUUGUGCAGAAGAACUGGAAGGUGCAGGAGGUGGAUCCGUUCGCCAUGGGCAGCGACAUCCUCGAGGAGAUGAACAAGAUCGCCAGAGAGGACGCGGCGGCCAAGGCUGCCAAGGCUGCAGAGGGCAAUGGUAGUCAGCAAAAAGAAGUGGCCAUCUCUUCAGGAGGAAUUCCUUCUUCAACUUCGACUUCGACUUCGACUUCGAAAAGCUCUGCAAUGCCGUCGCCCAUUGCUGCUUCUAAAUCCGCUCCCUCAAUCGUUGCCGCUAGCUCUUCAACCUCGACCUCAACCUCCAGCAAUGCCACUACCACCACCACCACCACCCCCAUCCCUCCUCCUCCUUACCAUCACCACCCCUUCCCCAAUCGCCGCCGACCACUGUCGAAGGAGCAGGCUGAGGAGAAGUCCCGCCGGCUGAUGCUGCAGCUGGAGGCCAUCGAGCACGCCUACACCACCGACGCCGUCACCAUAGUCACGCCCAGUUUUAGUCCCGUCAAAGCAGGCCAGGCGGCGACGGCCACCUCCAGCAAAACUCAGGUCGUUCCCUCCUCAACCUCCUCCUCCUCUAUUACCACUACCACAACUCCUCUUUCGCCGCCCAUCGCCACGAGAAUCAUCCCCGAGCGACGGUCGGCCACCCGAGCCAUCGCCAGCAUCAAACAGGAGGCCAUGAGCGAGAAGGCGAUUGAGCGCUUUGUGAAGCAGAGCGGCGGUAAAAACGUGAACAGUUCAGCUCAACAGCAAAACGGGCUCGUCCUGGCCACGAAGUCCUCGGCGGCUAGGCAGUCGGCUCUGACUUCGGCGGUCAACAUUGCCCUGCAGAAGAAGCCCACCACCGCUUCUUCAAAGACCGCCAAAGCCGCUUCAAAGGGCAUUUCGAACACUACUUCAAAAGCAUCUUUGCAAACAUCGUCAUCGCAAACAUCUUCUCCAUCAUCACCAUCACCACCACCAACAGCUAAGGGUUCCCUCCUCAAGGGUCGCCCUCGACGGUACGCCACCGAGGAGGAGCGCAAGGCGGCCAUCGAGGCCGCGAAGGAGCGCUACAAGGACAAUGAGACGCCGGAGCAGCGGGCGAAACGCCUGAAGCGCCUGAAGGUGCACCGGCUGAUGGGCAAGGGCCGCUUCGAGGAGGCGCUGGAGUUUGCCGCCGAGGAGGGCCUCGUCCUCAGUGCCGCUCAACAGGAGCAGAUUGCCGAGGCGCUGGACUCGAAGACCCGCGUUGUGCCGCCGCCUACUCGGAAGAAGAAAUCAUCGACUUCACCAUCAUCAUCAUCCUCAUCUUCAACACCCUCAGCAUCGAAAGACAUUCAAAUCAUCUCGACGAAGAAGAAGGCGGCGGAAGCGGCGGAGGCGACUGAUAAAGAUGGAAAAAGCUCAAAGAAGCGAACUUUGGAGUCCUCGGAGAAUGAGAACGAGGCUCCGAAGGAGGAGAAGAAGAAGGCGGUCACCUCCUACAGCCGCCUCUAUCCGCCGAAGAAGCCCAAGGCGACGCAUGCGUACUUUGGCGUGGACCGCGCCUGGGACCAGCUGGUGAUUGCGCAGGAGGUGGCGAAGACGACGGUGACGCGCGCCGGGCGCCAGUGCAAGGCCAAGAACUGGAACGAUUGA